AUGAGUCAACUCAGCGAGUUGCUAAACACCUCACAACUGACGAAGUACUAUGCACUAAUUCAAUUCCUUUCGUCACACACCAACACUGAGUACACGCUCGCUCAACUGGACUACUUGCUUCCGCGGGGAGCGUCACUUCAGCGUUUUCCAGCAUCAUGGAUAGAGUUUAUGGAGGAAGGGUUGUGCAACAACCAAAAUGUUGAAUUGUAUCGUCGUCCCGUCGCUGGUGGAGAAGCUGCGGGUGAAAACAUUUCUUCCCUUGUGCAAGAGGAGCGCGAGGAAAUUGUCCUCAUUUGUCGGAGGCCAGUCAUAAAUGAUCUGAAGGACCUCGCCAGGUUGUUGCAGUCGCCAGCGACGGUUCCUGACGUGGAGGGUUGUGUAGCACUGCAUACAGACCAAAUUACACUCAACGAAAACCUCUUAAGAGCGUCGCAAACACAAGGCCUGUUGUACUAUUUUCCCGAUAACUAUACCAAAUCACGUGAACAUCGCUCUGCUAAGUCCCGUCGUUCUUCCAGUCAGAGCGAGAUUGUAAGCAACCUUAUGCGCAAUGAAGACAUAGAGGGACUUCUCAAUGAAGAAAGUAAAGAUGGCAAACUGGAUCUGCCUGCCGGCGUUACUGCUCAAUUUAUGCUCUACAACCGACGGGGUGUGCCUGUUCGAGGCCGAAAUAGUUUUCCUAUGCGAUACAAUGUGGGUGACAGGGCCAUGGUUAUUGUUGAGAGGAGCGUCCCUCCUGAUGCAGAUCAUGUACCAGCCAAACCUCCUUUGGUGACCACGACUCUGGGAAGACCAGUUGGUAUGAGUAGUGUUGGUGGUAGUGACGGCAGUACACCAGUCGAAAUCCGGGUGAAGGUAUCUGCCAAUUCCGUCGGGAGCCAACGUACCUGUAUAAGUAUUAAGGCUCAGGUUAAGGGUAGAGUGGUUUUGUCCCUUUUUGUUGACAGUAGGGAGACAAUAAUUCCGCUGGAGGUGUUGGAUGAGAGUGUGGGGAUGCCAGGAGUGAUAGUUGGACGCGAGCAGCAACCACUACUUCCGGUACCGGAUGAUAUUCGCAUUAACGACCCUGCCAUUUGGGGGAGUGGCAACGGCGAUGAACAGGCGGGAAGGGGUGGUGUCAGCGGUAUUGACCGUGACAGUGGUAGUUGCGGUAACUCCGCUUUGUCUUGGUGGCUUAAUCCAUCGCCUGCCAUUCUUGAAGUGCGGGAUCUCACAUUACCGGAUAGUGAGACUUUUGCGGCUGCGUCGCGCGCCGUGUGGAAUGUUCACCGCGCCGAUGAGAGUGCAAUGAAGGCGGUGCGGAAGGCAUUGAAGGACCAGCGCAACUCAGAGACGACGCGGAAGAAGCGAAACAAGCGCAGUCGACCACGUGAUCUACGCAACAGUCACAUGAUUCAUUAUGGAUUCGAUGCCUCAAUACCUUUUGGCACCCAGCGCUCUUUUCCGAAAGAUGCUUGA